GCUGUGGCGGGAGGGGCGACGCGGGGCUGCCGCUGCCCGUCAAAACGCUCCGGGUGGUGGAACGGGACGGGACGGGACGGGACGGGACUGGGCAGGGCAGAGACGCGUCGGCCCCUUCGCCUGGCUGGCCCCCAGCCCGCCGCGAUGCCCAGUGACUCGCCGGCCUUCAGCAAGCCGCCCGACGCCGCGGGGCCGGCAGCCAAGGCGGGCGACUUCGGGAAGGCGGCGGAUCUCAUGGCGGCCGCCCCAACGGACGGGGUCGCCGCCGCCACGGCGGGGAAGAAGCCGCCGCGCCUGCCCAAGUGUGCCCGCUGCCGCAACCACGGCUACUCCUCGCCGCUGAAGGGGCACAAGCGGUUCUGCAUGUGGCGGGACUGCCAGUGCAAGAAGUGCAGCCUGAUCGCCGAGCGGCAGCGGGUGAUGGCAGCGCAGGUUGCGCUGAGAAGGCAGCAAGCUCAGGAAGAAGAACUGGGAAUCAGCCACCCAGUGCCCCUGCCCAGUGCCCCCGAGACAUUUGUUAAGAAGAGCAGUGGUGGCAGCUCUUGUCUCUUGUUGGAAAGCAACAGCCCUGCACACUCAACGAGCACAGCCAUGACAGCAGCUAGCACACCGUCAGAGGGACGGAUGCUCAUUCAGGACAUCCCUUCCAUCCCCAGCAGAGGGCACUUGGAGAGCACGUCUGAUUUGGUUGUGGACUCCACCUACUACAGCAGUUUUUACCAGCCACCCCUGUAUCCUUACUAUAACAACCUGUACAACUACUCCCAGUACCAAAUGGCAGUGGCCGCUGAGCCUUCCUCAAGUGAGACGGGGGGUACGAUUGUAGGGUCGGCCAUGAAAAACAGUCUUCGAAACCUCCCAGCAACAUACAUGCCAAGCCAGUCAGGAAAACAGUGGCAGGUGAAGGGCGUGGAGAGCCGCCACGCUGUCAGCUCCCAGUACCGCAUGUGCUCCUACUACCCACCCGCUUCCUACCUGGGACAGGGGGUUGGCGCUCCCACAUGCCUCCCCCAAAUCCUGGCCUCUGAGGACAUCCCCUCCUGCUCGGAGACAAAAGUGAGAGUGUUUUCACCGCCCAGCAGCCAGGACUCCGGCCUGGGGUGCCUGUCCAGCAGCGAGAGCGCCAAGGGGGACCUGGAGUGCGAGCCCCGCCCGGAGCCGGGCGGCUUCGCGGUGAGCCCGGUCCUGGAGGGCGGCGAGGAGGCGUCUCGGCUGCCCUGACCGGGACAGGGAGGUGCAGCGGCGUUCGCGGUUUGCUUGUUCUGCUUGGGGGGUUGCGGGGGUGGGGGGUGUUUGGUUUCUUCUUUGCAGGCGCGGAGCGGGAUGCUGGCUCCCCCGCGGCCGUGGGGGCAGCCGUGGGGCCGCUCCCCGCCCGGCCCCCGCCCCCCCCCCCCCCCCCCCCCCCCGUGCCGUCUCUCGUUCCGCCGGGGGUCUGAGGGGCGGCGGGGAGAAGAGACGAGGUAACCCGGUGUCCUGUGCCCGCCCCUCUCUGCGCGGGGAGCGGGGGGGUGGGCACUGGUAACCCAUCUCUGGGAAACACCAUCCCAUUAAGUAUUUUUAAUGGUUCCUUAUUGGCAUUAACGCUGCUGCUUGGCUCCGGGCGUUUUCUUCUCAUGUCACCAAAUUAACAUAUUUUGCAUAUUACAGUUGUGUGCCUUGCCUUAGAUUGCAAUAUAAACUGCAAGUAAAUAAGUCUCUAAAAAGUUACUGCGAAUUUCCAUAUUUGUUAUUCCGUGUUUGUUAUUUUGCUAAAAAUGCCUUACGGUGUUCUUUUCUUGCGUUACAGAAGCCAGCUCGAAAUGAAACUAGUCUAGAAAAAUUCAUUGUUCUCUGUAGUUGUGGCUCUACCUGAAAUAAAAAUGUUAUUGAUGACUGAAUUUUCUUGUGUGUAUAUUUGGUGAGCUGUAUUAAAACAGAAAAAAAGAAA